GAAAUGCCCCCUGCCUUCUCCUCUUCUCUUCCCCCAGCACCACAAGCGCUGGCUUUGCUUCAUCUGCUCUGCUCGGGUCAGCUCAGCGCCCAACCCCCCUCUCUUCCCUUGCACUGCAAGUGCUGCCCCGCCCGCUUCCUCCAUCGCCAUCAAGAACCGAUCCCCCGCUUCACAUUCCAUCUUCCUUUUCAGCUUCACCUUUCCUUCGCUGUUCCUUGCCCUGUUCUUGAAGUGAGAUCGUGGCAGAAUUCGUCGCAGACAUAGAAAGGUACAAUGGGGGUCGGGACCAGCACUUUUGUGAUCAGAUGGAUCAACUUUAUCACAGCGCUCUUAGCUAUAUUUAUCAUAGGAUUCGGGGUCUGGAUGAGCACUCACAAUGACAAUUGCAGAAGAUCCCUCACUCUUCCUGUUCUUGGCCUCGGGGCCCUCAUAUUCUUCAUAUCUAUAAUCGGAUUUUUGGGCGCAUGGAAGAACAACUCCAUAUUGUUGUGGAUUUACCUGAUUAUGUUGUGCUCCCUAUUGGUGGCAAUCCUCGUAUUUACAGUUUUGGCGUUUAUCGUGACAAACACGGGCUCUGGACAUAGUGUAAGUGGUCUAAGGUACAAAGAGUAUCACCUCCAAGACUACAGCUCAUGGUUUCUAAAACAGCUGAACAAUACCCAUAAUUGGGAGCGACUGAAAAGUUGUCUCGUGAAAUCUGAGGAUUGUAACAACCUAUCAAGGAAAUACAAGACUCUGAAGCAAUAUAAAUCAGCCAAAUUAACUCCAAUUGAGGCUGGUUGCUGUAGACCACCAUCAGAAUGUGGUUACCCUGCUGUUAAUGCUACAUACUAUGACUUGAGCUUUCACCCCGUUAGUUCCAACAAGGAUUGCAAGCUCUAUAAAAACUCUCGAUCGGUCAAGUGCUACAACUGUGAUUCCUGCAAGGCUGGAGUUGCGCAGUACAUGAAAACCGAAUGGAGGGUUGUUGCAGUGCUUAAUGUGAUACUAUUUGUCAUCUUGCUAAUGAUAUACAUGGUGGGCUGCUGUGCGAGAAGAAAUGCUGCAAGUGGCAGAUCUAAAUCAUGAAAAUAUAGGAAGCCUCUCGCUAUAAAAGGAAGCCUGCAAGUUCUUUCACUCACUUGCUCAAAUGUCUGUAUAAUCUAUGAUUCUUUUUAUGCAUAUAAGAAGAUCUAUUUAAGAGGGCACUAGUAUUGAGAGAACUUUGUUCGUAGUGCAUUAUCUGAUACAUUGGAAUCUGGUACAUCAUUAGCUAUGUAAGAUGGCUCCAUUGUCAUGUGCCUACUUGCUAUACUAUUCUCUAGAGAACCAGAAUCAGACGAUGAUAAUGCGGUUGUACUUUCUUUGUCUA